AUGGCCAACGAACCUACCAAGCCUGCUGGCGCUCCCGAGACCACCUCUACCCCCGCAGCCAACGAGAACACCCCAACCCCUGUGGCCAUCAAGAAGUCCACUCUCGCCGCCAUCACCGAAAAAGCCCUGCCUCCGCUGCCCUCUCAGAAUACCCUUCUCCCCACCGUCUUCAAGGGCAACCACCCAGCCUUCCGCGAGAUGCCGGCCCCCCAAACGGCCGACAGCGCCAGCAGUACCAUGCACAGCCGCAGCACAACACCCGACUCCGCCAGCGCGGCUACGGACUCCAACGGAACUAGUACCUCGGAUUCCAGCAACAAAUUCGUCGGCGGAAGCCAUCAGAUGAGCGAUGUCAAGUUGCCGGGGUAUUGGACGCAUGAGAGGACAUCUGAUGCUGACAAGUUCCGUAGUGCCGAGCUCCGUGACAUGGCCAAGAAGGACGUCGCUACCAACGCCACCAUUGAUGGCAGCGGCGAGGAUCCGAAGGCUGAGCCGCAGUGUGAUCAGUGCGAGGAGGAGAAGAAGAAGAAGAAGGGCAAGGGCCUGUUCAAGGAGGAGUUCAAGAAGAAGAAGUUCUUACAGAAGCUGUUUCGUCGCAAGGCUUAG